CACCUUAUCUCCAUGGAGGGUCCAAUUCCAGUUCCAUCAACCAUCACCGCCCACGUGGUAGCUGUUCCCUACCCAGGUAGAGGCCACGUGAACCCCAUGAUGAACUUCAGCAAAUUGCUCGUGUCCAAAAACUCCGGCAUCCUCGUAACCUUCGUCGUCACCGAAGAAUGGCUCGGCUUCAUCGGCUCCGAACCCAAGCCCCACAACAUCCGGUUCGCCACAAUCCCCAACGUUAUUCCCUCCGAGCACGGUCGAGCCAACGACUUCGUCACCUUCCUUGAAGCCGUUAUGACCAAGAUGGAAGCCCCUUUUGACCAGCUACUCCAUCGCCUUGACCCGCCGCCAACAAUCAUCAUUUACGACACUUACCUCCUCUGGGUGGUUGGCGUUGCAAAUCGGAGACGCAUUCCGGUGGCGUCGUUUUGGCCAAUGUCAGCGUCGUUUUUCGCCGUUCUCAAACACUACCAUCUACUGGAGCACAAUGGUCACUACCCUGUAAACUUGUCAGAAGACGGUGACAAACGGGUGGAUUUUAUUCCGGGGAACUCGUCAAUUCGUCUUGCAGAUUUUCCACUUAACGAUGGAAGCUGGCGUAGCCGUAAAUUGCUGUCAUUGGCCUUAAAAACUACACCAUGGGUUCAGAAAGCGCAAUAUCUGUUAUUCCCUUCCAUGUAUGAGCUAGAGCCUCGAGCCAUUGAUGCUUUGAAAGCAGAAUUCUCUAUACCCAUUUACACUACUGGCCCUCUCCUACCUAAUUUUGGUCAUGGCGAGAACAAUGUUGACCUUAGCUAUUUACAUUGGCUAGAUAACCAACCUUCUGGUUCUGUGCUAUACAUCUCACAAGGUAGUUUUCUUUCGGUCUCGAGUGCACAAAUUGAUGAGAUCGCAGGUGGUUUGCGUGACAGUGGUGUUCGGUUCUUGUGGAUUGCGCGCGGGGAGACUUCAAGGUUGAAAGAGAUGUGUGGCGAUAUGGGACUAGUUUUGCCAUGGUGUGACCAAAUGAGGGUGUUGCAACAUCCUGCUAUAGGGGGGUUUUGGUCUCAUUGUGGGUGGAAUUCCACUAGAGAAGGUGUUUGUUGUGGUGUUCCUUUUCUUACAUUUCCAAUAAUGAUGGACCAACCCAUGAAUAGUAAGUUAAUAGUAGAAGAUUGGAAGGUUGGAUGGAGGGUUAAGCCAGGGGUUAAACAGGACACCUUGAUGAGCAAAGAUGAAAUUGCUAGCCUUGUCCAAAGAUUUAUGGAUUUGGAUAGUGAUGAAGUAAGAGAUAUGAGGAAAAACGCCAGAGAGCUUCAGAAGAAAUGUCAACUUGGAAUUGCAAAUGGUGGGUCGUCAGAAACUGAUUUGAAUGCCUUUCUCAGGCAUAUAUUACAGGAUGCCAAGCCAUAGAGUAAGAUUUAUUGUCUCAUUUUAAUCCUCCAACAUCUUUUAGUAUCUUCCACAGUGCUAGAUCCGUUAACAAAAUAUCUUGUUCGAGAAAACCUAGAAUUCAUAUUCACCUUGUUUUGUAUGCCUUGU